AUGGUGGAAGUCGUGGAUCCAGGUGUGGUGAAGUCUGGCGGUUAUAAAUACGAGGAUGGCACUCGCUACGUGGGCGAGUGGAACUCGAAGGGCCAGAAACACGGGAUGGGACACCUCCUGCUGCCUGACGGGACGCGAUACGAUGGCUCCUUGGCCGCUGGCAUGUGUUCCGGCUUAGGUGUGAUGGCAUUUCCCGAUGGAGCAAAAUACGAAGGAGAGUUCAUGCAAGGUUGGUUCCACGGCCACGGAGUAUUCUGGAGGGCCGACGGUAUGAAGUUUGAGGGGGAGUUUAGAGGAGGACGCGUUUGGGGCUUAGGUUUGGUGACCUUCAGUGACGGCAGCAACGGGUUCCCCAGAAAUGAAGGCUUCUUUCAGGACUGCAAAAUGGUCCGUCGCAAACGCUGUCCCGAAGUAGUGCAAAGGGCCCAAAAAGUGGCCUAUAUGGCCCGAGCCCAAUGCCAGCAAGUU